AUGGCAUCUUCAAGUAGCAAUCGCGAGGCCUCUGUCUUUACGCUUGCUAGCGACUAUCUAAAAUCCCCUGAAGAACUACCGAGCCUGUAUGUGACGUUCAUUGUUGGCACCAAAGAUAUCCAGCAACCCUUUAGGCUACAAAGAAGUGUCGUCUGCACCAUCUCGCCGGUCCUGAACGAGAUCUUCAAAGACUUUACAGAGAUCUUGAGAAUAGAAGACGUCGAGAAGGAAGUGUUUGAAUAUCUUUCUGUUUGGGUAACCACUGGACAACAUCAAAGCGUUCACGAUGAGUCCAGGAAGUUACUUGGCGGAAGAGCAGCUCCGGUUGGGUUUCCAGCUCCUGUGACCCUCGUGAAGGUUUGGAGAUUGGGAGAGCGAUUCCGAAUCCCCGAGUUCCAGAACAAUACGAUGAGAUUACUCUACGCUGUGUUAGAUAUAACAGCUUCGCAGAAUACCAUCAUCAGUGUAGUCGAAUUCGCUUGGCAUGAUAGAGAGCCCGACAUGUUGAAGAGCUUGUUCGUUAACAAGUUUGCAUACUGCUGGUGGAGUGGAUAUGUUCGAGAAUUGUUGCCUCACCUUCCAUCAACCAUGGUUUUUGCCAUCGUCGACCAAUUGAAACGUGGCGGUGAAGCAAAGAGAGAUAUUAGGGACUUGAGGAAAAGUGUUGAGGCAUUCUUCGUGAAAUAG